AGUAGUUUUGGAAAUAUAAACUUUAUUGAGCUGUUGUAAGAAAUCAGAAAUAUCAUGGAUUCAAUGUAAUACAAUAUAAUAAUCGCAUAUCAUUCAUUUAUAAACUGAUUUUUUGAUCAAAAUAUAUAGUAUAACAUUAGCCAUCAUUUGCACUUAUUCUUUAAUUACUAAGAAGGAUUGUUUUUGUGUGAAAGGAUUUAAUCAAUCUUUUAUGUGUUUACGAUGGUCCUCGUUUAGAGUUUUCACUUUUUAUUUAUUUAUUAUUAUUUUUAACAUAUAUUUCCUUUCUAUACUAUGAAUUCACUGUGUGCUCAAUAACAAACACUAUAUUUACAAGGUUACAUGCUUUCUUAUGGGCGGGCCUACGUACGAUGACGAAAGUUCUUUCUGAUUGGACAGUCUUUGUUUUCGUCACGGGUUGAGAGAUUCUUAUUGGUCUAUUUGGUCUCUAUUGCUUUGAUUGGUUACAGAAGGAGUUUCAAAAAUUCAGCGGGAGUUGUGGAAGUUGUUUGAAUUACUGACAAUAUUUCCAUUUCCCCUUUUUUUCAUUGUUAGCUUUUUAAUUAGGUUUUCUCUCUAGGAAUCAUGUCGUUUUCAAGGGCUCCGUUGAAAAGAUUUAAUGAACACAUUGGGUGUGCUCCUCCACCAGGUACAUAUGAGCUGAAACCUGGGGAACUGAAGGGUGUCGCUUCCUUUCACAAGGCAGAGCGCUUCAAAUCACAGAAACUUGGACCACCUGCAUCCAACGAUGUGGUCAUGUCUCCAGUGCGUAGGACCAUGUCGGUUGAUGGCUUGGCCGAUAGUUCAAAAAAGGACAAAGGGCAAUUUCAAGUUGAAAUGAAACAGCAGAAGCUGUUGGAGAAAGAGAUUCGGUCACUGGUUCAGCAGAGAGGAGAACAGGACCGUAGGCUUCAGACCCUAGAGGAAGAGCUUAAGAAGCUGGAGGCUAAACUGCUGACUGCUGUGAGAGAGAAGACAGGUCUCGCAGCCAGCGUGGCCUCUCUUGAAAGGCAGCUUGCAGAGUUAAAGAAAACCAACGAGUUCCUCAAGACCAAGGUUUCUGCAGACACCACAAAGAAGAGAAUCCACUCACUGUCUAUGGAGCUCAUGGAAGCAAGAAACAAAGUAGAUGCCAAGGACAAGGAGCUGAGUUUCCUGCAGAUCAGCUCUGAAGGCAAAAUAAAGGCGUUGGAGACUGAUCUCGAAGCUUCAAGUGGAACUCUUAAUGCUAUUAAGGACCGAAACAAAGAUCUUGAGUGCCUACAUGAAGAGACUAAAGCUCACAAUAAGAAGCUGGAGAAACAAAUGGAAAAGCUGCAUGCUGAUACACAGGAACUGAGGGAGGAACGCAAAGUGCUGCAGAGCUACCUUGAUACUGCAAAUGAAGAAAUUCAGGAUCUCAAAGGGAAGCUGCAGGACAAAUCUGCAAUGGAGCGCCGUGUCUCAGAUUCUCAAGAGAAAGUUGGGGAAGUGGAGCAGAAGUUGGAGCAGUGCAUGGUGGAGCUCCAGAAGUCUCAGAGUAUUCUGCAGGAGAAGGAGCAGGAGCUGCAGAGAUGCCAACAGGAGCUGCGGGAGUGCCACAGCACACUAGGGGAGCGGCAGAAAGAGCUAGAAGAUCACAAGCUUGACCUGGAGGCCUCUAGGGCUGCGCUGAAAGAGCUGGAGGAGAAGAUCGUCCAGGGAGCCCGGGAGCUCAAGGACUCGCAAAGCAUAGCGAAACAGCAAGAGCAGGAGCUGGUCCGAGUGAGGGAGGUGCUAAAAAGGACAGAAAAGGAAUUGGACCAACGCGUGGCAGACAUAAAUGAGCGUUGCUUGAGCAUGGAGGAUGAGCUGGAAAGGACACAGGAGAAAGCACUGAGGAGAGUGCAGGAACUGCAGGCUGAGGUUUGCUCACUGGAGGAGAGCAAGAAGUGUGAGAAAGAAGCUCAUGACCAGCUAAAGCAGCAGCAUUCUGCUCUUGCCGAAAAGUUAGAGGAACAGAAGGCUCAUAAUGGGUCUUUGACCACCAUGAUGGCAUCUCUGCGUGAGGACCUAGAGAAAGAGAGAAAGCAUUUAGAAGCGGAGCUGGAAGAGGUGCUGGAAGAAGUGAAUGUGCUUGAGGAGCAGGACAAGCUCCUGCAGGAGACCGUCCAUCUCCUCACAGAGGGGAAACUCACGAUGGAGGAAGAACUGAAGAGCGCCCGUGCAGAACUAGAGAGGCACAAAGCAGAGACCAGGACUUUGGAAGAGGUUCAUCAGGAGACUGUGAAGAAACUACAGGACGAACACAACAGCUCGCUGGGAAAGUUAGGUGACAUGACCGCUGAGCUAGAGAGCACCACACAGGCUCUGAGUGCACAGAGAGAGCAGGAUGAAACUCGUGUACAGGAGCUGAAGGAGGAGCUGAGCAGAAUCACUCAGCAACUGCAGGAUGAACAGAAUAAGCUCAUGCACCAACAGCACACUCAGGAAAAAGAGAAGGAGGAGUAUGCAAGGAUGCUGCAAGAGGUCCAGACUAAGCUGGCCCAGUGUGAGAUGGACUUCAGGCAGGCCAGGGAGGAGUUGGCAAACGGGCAAGAGGCACUGAAACAGGAGAAGGAGCAACUCCGCCAGCAGUCGGAGCAGGAGAAGGAGCAACUCCGCCAGCAGUCGGAGCAGGAGAAGGAGCAACUCCGCCAGCAGUCGGAGCAGGAGAAGGAGCAACUCCGCCAGCAGUCGGAGCAGGAGAAGGAGCAACUCCGCCAGCAGUCGGAGCAGGAGAAGGAGCAACUCCGCCAGCAGUCGGAGCAGAAGGAGCAUGAAUUAAAGGAGCAGCUCACAGAGGCACAAACAAGCACAUCAGAUGAUGAGACUGAGUACUGGAGGAACUUGUAUGAACAGCUCUACUCUAAAGUUAAGCCCUUCCAGGAACAGCUGGAUGGCUUUGCAGCAGAGAGGGACGCUUUGCUCUCUGAGAAAGGGGCUACUCAGGCAGAGCUGAAUAAGCUGGCAGGCGCCUACGCCAACCUGCUGGGCCAUCAGAACCAACGACAGAAAAUCAGGCACAUGGUCAAGCUCAAGGAGGAGAACUUGGAGCUGAAGCAGGAAGUGACUAAGCUGAAGAUACAGGUGGGGAAGCAUAAAAGGGAACUGGAGCAACUCCGGACUGGUCAGACGCCACGCCGGUUUGACCCCAGCAAGGCCUUCAAACAUGAACAUAAAGAGAACAAGCAGCCCAUGGUGCCUCUGAGAUAGUCAGAAUGUAAAAGUGGCUACUAAUCAGCUACUAAUUGGCUGUUCUAUGUGAUGUAUUGUCACAUUGUCAUCCCACACUGUCUUCUUUGUAGGGUUAAUGUAUACUGUCACUCUGAAAGAAUUUUGUGAUGAUCUAGACUUUGCAGAACCUGUCAAAGUAGAAGGAUAAAUUCUGUGAUGUCUUAAGGUAAGCGUUGGGGGAAUUCCUUCUACACUUAGGUGGUGUUGUUCUAUCUGGUAUCUGGACACUGAGGGUGACUUUUAUUUAUUAGCUAUUUUUGUGUUUUGGGUCACCAGUACAGCAGGACUUAAUGUGGGAUUUAAAAUGUAUAUUUUUAAAAAGAGUAAUAUUUGAAGCAUCUUUUUGUUACGUAUGGAUACUACUACUACUAGAUCUCUUGAAAUAUGUAUGUUGUCUAGUAUGCUGUAAAGCUGGGGUGUGCUCAUCCAUUAUCGUCACUAUACUCUGAUUCAUUUUGUAACCUUUGAACUUGCUUUCAAUCUAAUUUUCUAGUCCUGUUAAUCCAAUUUAUAUUUUCAAUCCAAUUACUCAACCCAGUUCAGCACAUUUCAUGUACCGUAAUUUAAUUACUUGGCUGCUCUUUUCUUUCUGUUGCUUGACUUUUUUUCAAGCUUUUUAAAAUCUUUUCUUUCAUGAUUUUAUAUCUGAUGACUUUAUGUAAAACAGUUAUUUAAUAAAAAAAAAUUAAAAGGAUAAAAUUUG